UCCAAGGGUUUGAUUUUUCCAUUUGUGCUACUUAGAAUAUUUCUCUUUUAUAGUGUAGUUCUCCGCACAUAGAAGAAUAGACAGAAGUAUGGUCGAAGAUUUAUUUCUUGCUUUCCUUUCUUAUUAGGACAAGCUAAUAAGAGAAGAUAGAGCUACUACCAAGUGUGAUGGAGGAUAGUGGUGGCACUGAGUUUUCAAAGACAAGCCCUAAUUCAGACAAAUAUGUGGACGAGGACGAGAACACUUGGAUCAAAUUGCAAAAGGAUGGAGGAAGCUCAAGCAACAGUACUGUUGAAGAGAGUCGUGAGAAGAAGAUCUCUGUGAGGUCUUAUGUUCGAUCUAAGAUGGCUAGACUCCGAUGGACACCUGAUCUCCAUCGCCGUUUUGUUCAUGCUGUGGAAAGACUUGGUGGACAUGAUCGAGCAACACCCAAAUUAGUUCUUCGAUUGAUGGACAUAAAAGGACUCAACAUUGCACAUGUCAAGAGCCAUUUGCAGAUGUAUAGAAGCAAGAAGAUUGAUGAUCCAACUCAAGGGAUUACAAAUCAUCAGAAGCUUUUUAUGGAAGGUGGAGAUUCAUAUAUCUAUAACUUGAGCCUCCCUAUGCUCUCAAGUUUCAAUUCCACUUUUAGAUGUGGAGGUGCUUUUUCUAGGAAUUUUCAAGAUAACUUGAUGCACAGCUCAACAAUGGGACAAAGCACAAAUGACAAGGCCAGAACAACAUUUUACUCAACACUUAAUGAGAGGAUCUUUGCCAACAACUACCAUAUUGAUAAGCUCACUCCCUUAUUUCAGACAGCUGAAAAAUCUCAAGCAAGAAUACUGAGUCCUUUGAAAUGGAAGGCUAAGGAUUGUGACCUAAUUGACCUGAAUCUAUCUCUAGGAGUAAAGCAAAAGAGCAACAACCAUGACGACGACGAUGAUGAUGGGAGUACUUUAACAUUAUCAUUGUCCUCACAAAUCUCUUCUUCGAGACUGAAAGAAGAUGCUAAUUAUGCUACAAUUGAAAAUGGAAGAAGAGGGGCAAGUACUCUGGAUCUGACUCUAUGAAUGUGACAUGAUGAUUCUAAGUGAGAUCCUGAGGUACUUGUUUCUGAGAUUAAUGCAUUUCGUUGAGAAUCUCUUUGUACUAUUUACAAAGUUAAUAUUACAACUCUAAUUUUUCA